UGUGCCGAAUCGCUGAAGAUGUUACAGAAGGCUUACGGUGAAUCGACUUUAUCAAAAACACGUGCAUAUGAAUGGUACAGUGCAUUGAAAAGCGGUCGAGAUGUGGUGAAAGAUUUGCCUCGCUCUGGUCGGCCAUCAACGUCUUCAACUGAAGUUAACAUCGAUAAAGUGAAGGAAAUGGUGAUUGAAAAUCGUCAUUUCAGUUUGAGAGAGAUAGCCGCUGAACUUACGGUGUCUCACGAAUCAAAUUCGUCGAAAAAGGCCAGAUUUGUGGAAAACAAACUCAUGGAUUUUGCACCAUGAUAAUGCACCAUCUCACAAGGCUAUCAUUGUGAACGAAUUUCUGACCAAAAACUCAACAAAUAUCAUCGAACAACCACCGUAUUCACCAGAUAUGGCUCCGGCUGACUUUUUUCUCUUUCCAAAACUCAAAUUACCACUUCGGGGCACUCGUUUUCAGUCGAUAGAAGACAUAAAAGAGAAUUCGCGUCGAGAACUGAAGUCGAUUUCGGAAAAUGCGUUUAAAAAAUGUUUUGAUGAUUGGAUUAUUCGUUGGCAUAAAUGUAUUA